GGGUUAUCUUGACUUUGCAGUUUGAUUCAUGCCACUGGAGACAGUGCCUGCAGCAGCCUUCUGUCGUUUUCUCAGUGUGUCGUAUUGGUUUGGUAGCAUCGGUUGACAACCAUGUCGAAGACCUCAUACCUGGUUUUGGAGAACUUCAUCGGAGGCAAGUUCGUGCCUUGUCGGAGUCACAUUGACUCCUACGACCCGUCCACCGGAGAGGUCUACUGCAAAGUACCUGACAGCGGCGAGGAGGAGGUGGAGGCAGCGGUGGCAGCUGCUAAAGAAGCCUUCCCUGGGUGGUCUGAGCGCAGCCCAGAGCAGCGAGCACAGGUCCUCAACAAGCUGGCCGACCUGUUGGAAUCCCACCUGGAGGAGUUUGUCCAAGCAGAGUCCAAAGACCAAGGUAAAACAGUAACAUUUGCACGGACUGUGGACAUUCCCCGAUCGGUGCACAACUUCCGCUUCUUUGCAUCUUCGGUGCAGCACCACACCACCGACUGCAGCCAGAUGGACCACAUGGGCUGCCUGAACUACACCAUCCGCUGCCCUGUGGGAGUGGCCGGUCUGAUCAGCCCAUGGAAUCUCCCCUUGUACCUGCUUACCUGGAAGAUUGCACCUGCAAUCGCUACAGGCAACACAGUGGUAGCAAAACCCAGUGAAAUGACCUCCGUGACCUCCUGGAUGAUGUGCAAGCUGAUGCAGCAGGCCGGGGUUCCUCCGGGAGUAGUCAACAUUGUAUUUGGCACUGGCCCGAGAGCAGGCAACGCACUCGUUGGCCAUCCUGACGUCCCGUUGAUCUCCUUCACUGGCUCCACGCCAACUGCCCGGCACAUCACAGAGCGGAGCGCCCCCUACUGUAAGAAGCUCUCACUGGAGCUGGGAGGUAAAAACCCUGCCCUUAUUUUUGCUGAUGCGGACCUGGACCAAUGCAUCGAGACCACUGUUCGCUCCAGCUUCUCCAAUCAGGGAGAAAUCUGCUUGUGCACCAGUAGGAUUUAUGUCGAGAGGAGUAUUUACUCUCAGUUCCUGAAAAGGUUUGUGGCCGCAGCUAAGAAGUGGAAGACAGGUGUGCCCUCUGACCCCAGCAACAACAACGGAGCACUCAUCAGCAAAGAGCACCUGGAGAAGGUCCGAAGCUUUGUGGCACUCGCCAAAUCUGAAGGCGGCGUCAUCCACUGCGGUGAGGGUGUUGACCAGCUGAGCCUCCCUGAGCGCAAUGCCAACGGCUACUUUAUGCCCGUCACUGUCAUCUCAGGCAUAUCUGACAGCUCCCGCGUCAUGCAGGAGGAGAUCUUCGGCCCUGUCACCUGUGUCAGCCCCUUUGACACAGAGGAUGAGGCUGUUUCCAAGGGUAACGGCGUGCGUUAUGGUCUGGGUGCCACCGUGUGGUCCCGGGAUGUGGGCAAGGUUCACCGGGUGGCCAAGCGGUUACAGGCGGGUCUGGUGUGGACCAACUGCUGGCUGGUGAGAGAUCUGAACCUGCCUUUUGGAGGGAUGAAGAACUCUGGUGUGGGGAGGGAGGGAGGGAAAGAUUCCUACCACUUUUUCACUGAGGUGAAGAGUGUCACGAUCAAACACUAAGAGAGAGAGGAAAGAGGGCAGCAGUGGCAAGUCUUGAUUGAUACAACAUUUUCUGCUGGAAGCAGGUGCAGAAAUAUGGAGAAGGUUUUGCAGUCAGUCUUGACAUUCACCAACCUCUGCUAGUCACUCUUUGGAAUUUCAAACACAAAUUUCUCCUCCCACCCUCUUGGAUUACUGGAGCCUGUAAUUAAGUCACAUUUGUAGAAUACAAAAGUCAGAGAAAGUCACAAUGGAAUAAUACAGAUGAAUAAACAAGCAAAGAUUCAAUAGAAAUGUCUAGUGAAGAGGAAAUAAUUUUCAAAUCAUGUUCAUACCUUUUUCCUUCACUCUUUGCUAAAUAUUUUGUAGCACUAUCCUCUACUGUUGAGUUGAAAUGCAUUGGGUAGCAUGUGUUAGGGUUUAAAAUAAAAAAAGGUACAGACCAGACAAGGUGAACCCAGAUAAGGCAUAAGCUUAUUUAUUGCCCAUUUCAAGAAAAGAAGUCAAGAGUACAAUUUAUGAAGUUAGGAACAGCAACUUUAUCCAACAUCCUUUAAAGUUUACACUGCAGGUGUGGGUCCUGCAGUGUAAACUCUAAAGUUCAGGACGUAACAUAAUAAUUCUGAAAAGAAGGAAUACAAACACUGAUAAUACUUAAUAAAAAAGUAAAAAUGUAACACAUGUAAUUUGCCAAAUUAAAUGCCACAUGUUGUUCA